UCCCAGGAAACAGCAAUACGACCAACACAUUCCCCGUUUUUGGGACUGGCACAUCAUGCUGUCGCUGUGAACGUAUUUUGUUUAGACAAAGUUGAUUCGCCUAUUUUAGGUACACUGAGGUUAUAUUAGCCAUCAAGUUUAGCUCGAGAAUAAUCUACAAGACCUCUCUGCCCUCUUAUCCACGCAGGACGAGGAUGAUGAAGAUGAUUGUAAGACAGUAAACUGGGCCUGCAAUUUCCGCACCCAGUCAGGCGGGAAAAGCCCAGUUCUACAGUGAAAGACGGGCUGGAGGUCACUCUACCCAUGAUCUGCUUCAUGGAUCAAAGCAACCUGCAAUGAAUGACAUAGCAAGUUAGGGUGAAAUACCCAAUAUUAUUCAAACUGCACCACCACAUUUUUUCUGCAUUUCCUACAAAGGACUUUGCGCCUGUGCUUGGCCUAAAUAUGCAGGCUUUUGUUACCAAUGCAUGUAACAGGCUUGAGUUGAGAGGAGUAGGUAGAAAUGUGCACAGGUGAGUGCAGAGCUUCCAUCUUCUGUUAUGAAGCAGAAAAUAUGGGUAUUGUCAUUACUGCCACUAUGGAUUAGAGUUCCAUGGUUUUCAUUAUAACGUCUUGACUCUGUUCAUGGAAUAUAUUUGCAUUUCAAGAAAUACAAUUAUUCAACCUGUGUUACGCUCGUGUAUUUGUGGUUUGUUCUCAUUGUGCUACAUUUACCAACCCCCUCUUUGCUAUAGCUUACCAGUAUUGUUUGUUAUUAUUCAAUAUUGUUUUAUUAUAAGGUAGUUGUGGCCGUGGGCUGUGUUGAUCAAUUAUUAUGAGGGAGUAAGUACAUGGUCCGACAGAGUCGCAGUAGCGAACUCGUGAUCAUGUGACGCAUACGUUACUUUCCCGGCACAAUCCCAGACGCAACGGCUCCAUAUCAUCGCUUUACACAGUCCUACUACCCCCACGCCUUGCUUUCGGUAUGGCGGACGGAGAGAGGUCCCCGCUACUGGCAGAUCUCGGAGAUGGUGGUCUUGGGGGUGGUAACGGCGGAGUGUCACCUGGCUCGGCUCCUUAUGGUUUACCGAUUAAGCCACAAAGCUUUCCUCCCUUCCCCAGCCCCACCCAGCCCUCAGUGCUUAUGGGGGAGGACCCUCCUCCGUACUCCCCUCUCACCUCCCCAGAGAGUGGCAGCGUGCCAGGCAUCAGCUGUAGAGUGUGUCAGAGCCUCAUCAGCGUGGAGGGGAAGAUCCACCAGCAUGUGGUCAAGUGUGGGGUCUGCAACGAGGCUACGCCCAUCAAGAAUGCUCCAGCAGGGAAGAAGUAUGUCCGCUGCCCCUGUAACUGUCUGCUCAUCUGCAAAGUCACCUCCCAGAGGAUCGCCUGUCCCCGCCCCUACUGUAAGAGGAUAAUAAACCUGGGUCCGGUCCACCCUGGUCCAGCCAGCCCUGACCCCCAGCCGGCCGGAGCUCGGGUCUCCUGUGGACACUGCAGCAAUACUUUCUUGUGGACAGAGUUUACUGACAGGACACUCGCCAGGUGCCCACACUGCAAGAAAGUCUCCUCUAUUGGUCAGAGGUACCCUCGAAGGCGGAGCUUGUGGUGUUUUCUACUAUGCUUGCUUUUCAGCAUCUCCACUGCUGGGCUGGUGGCUGGUACGUGGGUGAAGGCCCAGGACUAUGGGGGUAUCUAUGCCUCCUGGGCCGUGCUGAUCCUGCUGGUACUCCUUACCUUGGGCCGGGCUCUGUACUGGGCCUGCAUGCGUGUUAGUGAGCCCCUACAGAACUUCACAUAGACACACACGUGUAGGUUGAAGUUGCCCCUAGAUGCUGAUCUUGGGUCAGUUUUGCAUUUCCCCCUUUAAAUGGCUAUGGUUAAGAUUGUGGGAUGGGAAGCUGAUCUCCUAGAUGUGUACCUAGGGGAAACUUCACCCCAAAGCCACACAAACAGGGGAGAGGAGACCCGCAGGAGCAGGGGAGGGGGGGAGCUUUUAAAAUAAUAUUUAUUUAAACUGGAAAUUAAAAAACAAAGUUUUCCUCCUCCUUCCCUUCAGUCUGUUCAAUGUGUUUCCAAACUGGAUGAUGAACAUUUACUUACUCCCGAAGGAGCAGUAGCGUGACUGCUGCAUUACUAGUUCAAUUAGUUUUAACAUGUUCAACUACUGUCCCUUCCCUGUUUUUAAUCACUCAGGCCCUGGCAUGGCUCGGUGGAAGAAAGUCUUCAAUUAUGACAUGACCCUCGGAAAAGACUGCUACUUCGCAACACUGAUUUCAUGUUCUGUUUUUGGGCAUUUUACAUGAUUUGUUUUGGUAAACCCUUGAAGCAUUUUAGAAAGGCAAAUUAAGCUAAAAUGAGGCCUGUGCAAAGUGAACACCACCCAAGUUACCCUCCCCUCCCUUGCCCGUCAUGGUGCAUAAUCUGUGGGACUGUCAGUCUUUGAUCCAAAGUAGCUUGGAAGCAGUUUUUUAUUUUCUAUUUAACCUUAAAUUAAACUAGGCAAGUCAGUUAAGAACAAAUUAUUAUUUACAAAUGACGGCCUGCCCCGGCCAAACUCGGAUGACGAUGUGCCAAUUGUGCGCUGCCCUAUGGGACUACCAAUCGCGGCCGGAUGUGAUACAGCCUGGAUUCGAACCAAGGACUGUAGUUGCGCCUCUUGCACUGAGAUGCAGUGCCUUAGACGCUGCACCACUUGAGAGCCCAGUUAGAGAGAGAGCUUGAGAUGAGGCUGUUCAAUCUUACUGGACACACACACACACAGAGCUAAUAGCUUAAUGUAAGCUGUCAGUGUAACCCAUAGAUGUACACUGUACUAUAGAGCCUCAAAAUGACGAAAGCCCUCAGUGGUGCUGCCCAUGUUAAACAGGCUUUUGGCCAAGUGUGCCCACUACCCAGCUAUUGUCAAACUACAGUACAUCUUUGCCUGGCUACCCAUCUAACGUUUCUUCUCCACAAUGAGUCAGAAUUUGCUUUCCUCCCUGACCCUUUGAAAAUGUCUCAACAUUUUGACUGUUCUGAUUGGUCCCAGGAACCGAUGAGUUGGGCCUGAUAUGAAUCGUGUCAUUUUGACAUCCGCACAAAUGACUAGGAUGGCAGGUUCAGACUUACAUGUGGAGUGAUCCAUACAGCAGCGGAAUUAAAUUGGGGUUGAGUCAUCAGGCAAAAUCUACCCUCCAUGACCAAAAUGACUCCUUGAUGACAGAAGCAGGCUGUGGUUGUUGUAGACCCUGUGCCUCGGCAAGGCUGUCCUUCAGGUUGGGGUUACGUCCCAAAUGGCACCCUAUUCCCUAUAUAGAGCACUCCUUUUCUCCAGAGCCCGUAUAUGGCUCUGGGCAAAAGUAGUGCACUAAAUGGGGAGUCGGGUACCAUUUGGGAUGCUAUCAGGGUGGGGAAACAGGGAAGAGAAUACACUACCUGCAUAUUCAAACAGUCAAACUAACCCUAUAACACUAACUUGUCUGUGGUUCUGAUUAUGGUAGUUUAUAUAUAUUUUUUAUUACAGAUGUUAGUUUGUUUUAAUUGUACAUAUGUUGUUCAUGUGAGUAAUUAUUACUAAGCAGAUAUUCUGUUGAACUCGUGCAUAACACUACAUGACUGAUUCUUGGAGAACUUUUGUUGAUUUAAUAGGGUUAUUUUUGCAACCCUUUUUAAUGGAAUCUGGAAAGUUGUUACUGAUAUGAUGACCUACUAACCCAUUAAACCUCUGGACUAUGUGUCAAUCUUAAAUCGCACACACAAACUUAAUUUACAUAGACAAACAACAUUUCCACACAGCUCUUUGAGAUGGUUACCCUGCUUGACAGAACUGUUACAGUAGCAGUGAGUUAUUAAAAUGUUAUUUAUUAUAAUGAUCAUGUUUUAAUCAUGAUAUUUAUGUACAAUAUUGAUCAUGUUAAUGAUACCAAUGAUCAUGAACCUGGCUGAUGCGCUCUUCAGUUUGUUUACACACAAUAAAGACCUAUGACAAUA